AUGGGACAGCUGAUAGCCAAACUGAUGCGAAUCUUUGGGAGCCAAGAGCACAAAGUCAUCAUCGUGGGACUGGACAAUGCAGGAAAGACCACCAUUCUCUACCAGUUCCUGAGCAAUGAGGUAGUUCACACAUGUUCCACCAUUGGUAGCAACGUGGAAGAAAUUGUUCUUCAGAAGACCCGCUUCCUCAUGUGGGACUUAGGGGGCCAGGAGGCUCUGCGCUCCUCCUGGGACACUUACUACUCCAGUACGGAGUUUGUCAUCCUUGUGAUCUACAGUACAGACCGGAAUCGGCUGCCGACCGCCCGGGAGGAGCUGUAUAAGAUGCUGGCCCAUGAGGCGCUUCAAGAUGCCUUAGUUCUGAUCUUUGCCAACAAGCAGGAUGUGAAAGACUCCAUGAGCCCAGCAGAGAUCUCCCAGUUCCUCAUGCUCAGUGCCAUCAAGGAGCACCCGUGGCAUAUCCAGGGCUGCUGCGCCCUCACCGGAGAAGGGCUGCCAGCUGGGCUUCAGUGGAUGCAGUCUCAGAACACGACCAACUGA